AUGUUUCGGUUUUUUAAUGAUGCAUUUACCUUAUUCAUCAUUUUUCUUUCUUUUUCCUCUAUCUUUCCCGCCAUAGCAACCCGGUCGCCACCAGAUUCUUUAACUAAAUUAACUGUCGAUAUUCAAAACGACACGUGGUACAGUUUUAAUCGUUUUCUUGAUACCGGAAAAGGCAGCCGCGUCACCGGCAUGACCGAGCUUAAGAAAUAUUUUCAACGCUUUGGGUACCUCUCCAUCCCGGAAAAUAAUUUCACCAAUUUAUUCGAUCAAGAGUUUGAGUCCGCUCUGUUCGUGUUCCAGAAAAAGCUCGGGUUAUCCACCACCGGAAAACUGGACCACGAUACUAUGAAAGUGAUCAUGUCCCCAAGGUGUGGAGUUUCCGACACAACAACAGCCCACAGUUUACAUGUAACAAAGCACUACGCCUAUUUCUACGGAGAGCCGAGGUGGAACAAAUCAUCGCCGAUGAUAUUAUCCUACGCCUUCUCUCCGUCUAACAUCAUCGACUAUAUAAGCUUAUCCGAUAUCAAAACAGUUUUUCAACGCGCCUUUUCAAGGUGGUCGUCAGUGAUUCCGGUCAACUUCACCGAGGUCGAGGAUUACUCCUGGGCCGAUAUCAAAAUAGGGUUUUACAAAGGCGAUCAUGGGGAUGGGGAGUCGUUUGACGGGGUGUUGGGGAUUCUUGCACACGCGUUUUCGCCGGAAAAUGGGAGGUUCCACCUCGACGCCGCCGAGACAUGGGCAGUGGACUUCACGGCGGAGAAGUCAAAAGUGGCGGUGGAUUUAGAAUCAGUGGCGACCCAUGAGAUUGGGCAUGUACUUGGGUUGGCUCACUCUUCGGACAAAAAUGCGAUUAUGUACCCGAGUUUGAGUCCAAGGACCAAAAAAGUGGACCUCAAAGUUGAUGACGUGGAAGACGGAGAAAAUGAAAUUACUGAACUUAUAAAUCUACUUAAAUCACCAAUUGCGACUCUUUUCAGCUUUAGGAACAAAAGCAGUUCACUAAAGAACCCACCAAGGAAAAUAUCAAGGCUAUAUUCCCCUCGCCACCUCUUUCUCCUCGUCCACCGACCCUUCCUACCACCCCCUCUGACGAAGGUGGUUCUUCAAGUGGGUUUUCCUGGGAGCCAGAAUUGGUGCUUCUGUUUUCUUCCUAGUCUUAAUCUCCGUGGCUUGGUUCUUCGUCCACCGCCGAGCCAGCCGCCACCAAUCUUCACCAAUGCCAUCGUCCCUGAUUAA